CAUUCGGAGUUUUCUUGUACAAUACCCUUUUUUCAGCCUAAAGCUACCAAGGCUGCUUUUGUUGCCUCAGACUCACAUCAACAAGGGUUCAUUCAUUUGGUUCUAAGCUAGGGAAGAGGAUGGCUUCCUUUUCAAUGGAGGAUUUCAUCGGAAAUGGAGCACUGAAGGGACUGCUCCCAAAGCUGGUAGAAGAAGGUUGGGAUGAUGUACCAACCUUGAAGGUCAUGAAUUCUGAGGAUAUGGAUGCCAUAAACAUGACUCAACAACAGAAGGCUGCACUGGAACUCAGAUCAUACCUGCACGACCGUGCUCUGAUGCAAUAUGGAGAUAAGCUAGAGUCCUCUGGAAAAUUUCUACCUGAGCUUCUCAACUUGAGCAUUACCGAUCUUUCUUCCCAGUUUGGUAUGAAGAGAGGCCACAUUGCCCGUUUCACAGACAGAAACAGUGCAUGUGCAGAUCCUUUGCCUGCAGGCUAUACUCUCCGUACAAAGAGAAUGAUGACCACACCUUCUAGAAACAAUAGCAUUUUGAAGAGUGAGCUUUCAUCCGUCAACUCCAGGAAGAUUCUAAGUAUAUCAAGAGCCCCUACAAGAGCCAAUUCAAUUUAUGAUAGAUCACUUGAGCAAGCACUGUCUGAACUUAAGAUAAAAGACGGACAUGUUAUUAAGGGGAUUGUUGCUGCAGAGCCUGCCGAACCCAGAGCAUGUGGUUGUGUACAGCCUCCCCCUAUUGUUGAGGAUGUUUGUCCUUACUCUGCUAUUGACAACAUAUCAGUUCAGAAAUUAGCUCCAGAAUAUAAGAUUGGGAUGGAGCGUUUAGUGAAAACAACUCCUCCAAUGAAAGCUUCUGAAUUGUGGAGAGAUAAACCAGCAGUUCUCCUCUGUCUCCGCCGCCCUGGGUGCAUAAUGUGCAGAGCUGAAGCUCACAAACUAUAUGCAAAGAAGCCCAUAUUCGAUGCACUGGGGAUUCAACUAUUUGCAAUUCUUCAUGAACACAUAGAGUCAGAGGUAAGAGAUUUCUGGCCUCGAUAUUGGGGUGGUGUUGUGAUCUUUGAUCGGACCAUGGGAUUUUUCAAAGCUCUUGGAGGAGGAAAGUUGCUCAAGGACAGGUUCAUAACAGGAUUUAUCUUCAAUCCUCGAGCCAUUGCAAAUUACAAACGAGCAAAAGCUACGGGAAUUGAGCAAAACUUCAAAGGAGAGGGUGAAAUUAAGGGUGGGCUCUUUUUAGUUGGCAGUGGAAGGAGUGGCAUUGCCUAUCAGUUUAUCGAAAGGAAUUUUGGUGAUUGGGCACCUCUUCCUGAAGUAAUUGAGAUCUGCACUCAGCUGCAGAAUCCACAAGAAGCUCAAGGGGAAUCAAUGAGCACAGUAAUAUGAAACAAAUGUGUGUACCAUCUUAUCACAAGGAUGUAUUCCUUGUAAUUCUAGAUUAUUGAGAGUACCAUCUUUAUAGUUCCUUUUUGUGGAUGUAAUUUGGAUGUUCCUUUAUCACUUUUAUUCACAAGGAUGUUUUUUUCCA